GGUUUGCACAGAGUUUUUCUGCACGCUUUCUGCGAGAGGACGCGGGUGGUUGCUCUGUCACUUACUGCUCAGUGCCAGGGGCCCGAUCAGCUGCUGUCCGCCCCGGUUUCUCCGGUCCGAACCGAGCCCCAGCACUGCGCGCCGUGCUGGAUUCUCAGGACAGAAGCUACUGAGUGCUGCUGGAAAAUGGCAGGGAGAAAAGUCCUGAUAGUCUAUGCACAUCAAGAGCCCAAGUCUUUGAAUGGAUCUUUGAAGAUGGUUGCUGUGGAAGAAUUAAGCAAACAGGGCUGCACUGUCACGGUGUCUGAUUUAUAUGCGAUGCAGUUUGAGCCAAGAGCAACGAGAAAUGACAUUGUUGAUUGCUUGCACAACUCAGAUGAGUUCAAUUACGGAGUGGAGACCUGGGAAGCUUACAAGAGAGGAGGUUUGUCCGACGAUUUGAUUGAAGAGCAAAAGAAGGUGCAGGAAGCAGACUUGCUGAUUUUUCAGUUUCCCUUGUACUGGUUCAGCAUGCCAGCAAUCAUGAAGGGCUGGAUGGACAGAGUCUUGGUCCAAGGAUUUGCUCACGAAUUCCCAAACUGUUAUGAUUCCGGUUUGCUGAAGAAUAAAUUAGCCCUGUUUUCUUUCACCACUGGAGGAAGCAAAGAGAUGUACGCAAAAGGAGGUAUCAAUGGUGAUAUUCGCUAUCUCCUGUGGCCCAUGCAGCAUGGCAUUAUGCACUUUUGUGGUGUCAAAGUCCUUGAGCCUCACAUCUGCUUUGCUCCAGAAUAUGUCUCUGAGGAAAAAAGGAAGGAGAUGCUGACUGCUUGGGCCCAGCGUUUGAAGACUCUUUGGAAGGAAGAACCCAUAAACUGCUCUCCUGAGUGGUAUUUCAAGUAGCAUUCAGACGCAAGUCUACAGAAAAGAAUGUUUCCAUUCUUUUUGGUGCUUUAUCCCAAUAUCUGAAUGCUGACCUCUUAAUUCAUAUGCACCGUAGGUAUCUUGAGUAAUACAGCUGGCAGCUUAGCUGACAAUAAAGAAUUUAUCUUUAUUUCCUGAGGGAUUCUCUUCAAUGAUGAGUGCACAACUCUUUGCGAAGAAUUAUCCUUGCUCAUAUAAACAGUGACAUCCUGCCUGCAAGCGGUUGGAAACACAAGCGAUAUUUAAUUGCAGAUUAUACCACUGUUGCUAAUGAAACAGUAAAGCGCAUUGCCAAGUUUAACACUCUUGUACCAACAGCCACAUUUUUUUUUUUAAUUGGCCAGGGAAUGUACUGCCUACGCUCAACCUCCUUAUGGACAAACCUGUUCUUUUAAACGGGAGAUCUACACUUGUGCCUUUGAGCCAUGAAGCCAAAUUGUGAAUAAUGCAAAAUGAUGUACAGUUGCACAGUGACUUAGACAACUGGAAAGCCUUCUUGGCAGCUUUGCUUUUUCCAUGUACUUACAAAUAUAUUAAAGCCAAGACGUGCCAGAAAAGGAAAGGAGCAAAUAAAAAUAUUCCACAGUAGUACAAACAUGUAUUGCCUUUCUUUACAGCAUAGCUUCCACUUGUAAAGUAAGCAGUUUCCUAAAAUCAAAGGGAACUGACUAUUUUUAUUACUCUAAGUAGACACAAAAGGGAAUUAUAUCUAUUCCCUGCCCUUGCACACCAGCCAGCAUUGCUAUUCAGGUCUGGUCAGCUUGAUGCAUCCCCUGCACCAUGAGUAUAAGAUGUACCUGUCAGUUGGAGAGGCAGAAAGCCUUCCCAAAAAACUGCAGGAGCACUGUCUAUGUAUGGGCCAAGACAU